AGCAAAAAGCCAUUCCCACCGCAGCUUUUGCGCGACAACAAACAGAACAACACCAUGGCAGACGCAGCGCCGCUUGAGCUACCGCGUGUGCGGUGGUCGCUGGAUGAAUCAUGCUUUACCAUCGCCACGGGUGAAGGGUUCUGGGUGUACAACUCGGAUCCAACAACGCUCAUCAAGAAGCAAGACCUGGAUGGCGGGGUAUCAAUCGCGCAGCUGUUGAACAGAAGCAACAUUGUCCUGCUUGUUGGUGGAGGCGAGAAGCCCGUGGAUGCACCGAACAGAAUUUGUGUGUGGGACGAUGUCAAAGGCCGCAUCGUGCACAGGAUCGAACUCAAGAAGAACAUUCUUAACCUCCUCGUCAAGCACCAAAGGCUUGUUGCAGUGGUUGACGACGAGGUAUCGGUGUUCAGUUUCCCCGGCAAACCGUUUCCAAAGCUGUUGCGGACGAUCGAGACCCGCCCCAACCCACACGCGCUGGUGACCCUGUCCUCGGUGCCAUCUGUGCACAUUCUCGCCUGUCCCGGCAUGCAGCCCACGGACGUGUACAUCUUGGAUGUAGGCAGCGACAAGCCCAAGAUUGGCCCAACCAUGGUGUCUGCACACAAGCACCCGGUCACGAACAUGAACAUUGACGCCCGCGGCGAGCUGCUUGCCACGGCCUCCUCUCGCGGCACCAUCGUGCGUGUGUACGACACGCAGCGCGGCAAAUUGUUGCACGAGUUUCGUCGCGGGUACACGUCAUCCAUGUUGACCACACUGCAGUUCAGCCGCGACGCCACCCUGCUGUGCGCAGCGAGCGACCAGUCCAUCCACCUGUACCACAUUGCCAACCCGAGCCUCAACACACGGUCCGUGUUUGGGUUCUACAAGAUGGAGGGCGCUCGCUCGCGUGCGUUUUCGUCGUUUGAGACGACGGGCCCCUGCGUGUGUCGCUUUGACCGCCAGGGCCAGGCCGUUAUUGCGGUGUGCGCAACACGCAUUGCGCACAAGCUUCGGUUUGACAAGCGGACAGGGGAGGCCGACGACAGCCAGGCGAUUGUGCAGCUGAUGAAGCACAACUCUGGCAGUCUGUUCCGCGUUGACCCGGACAAGUGGCGGGAAGCGCAUCGUGGGUACGCCAAAGACAUGUCGACCAGCACCGGCAGCGACACUGGCAGUGCUACUGGUGGCAGCGCAGAAGGAUGAGAGGCGACAUGCGCGUGUGUGUGUGCGUGUGUGUGUUUGUGUGCGUGCGU